CCUGCGCGGCGAGCCCAGCCGCAGUUCCCCGCCGGAGGCUGGGACGCGCGGAGACUGAGGUGUCCGGCAGAGCGCGAUGGCCUCGUGGGGCGAGCGGCUGGCGGGCGUGCGCGGGGUGCUGCUCGACAUCUCGGGCGUGCUGUACGAUGGCAGUGAGGACGGCGGCGUGCCGAUCCCUGGCUCCGUGGAGGCGGUAGCGAGACUGAAGCAGUCACAGCUGAAGGUGAGGUUCUGCACCAACGAAUCGCAGAAGUCCCGGGGAGACCUGGUGUUGCUGCUUCGGCGCCACGGCUUCGACAUCUCCGAGAGCGACGUGACUGCCCCCGCCCCAGCCGCCUCUCUGAUCCUGAAGGAGCGAGGCCUGCGGCCACACCUGCUUGUCCAGGAUGGAGUCCUCUCAGAAUUUGAUCAGAUUGACACCUCCAACCCCAACUGCGUGGUCAUUGCAGAUGCUGGAGAAAGCUUUUCUUACCAAAACAUGAAUAAGGCUUUCCGGGUGCUCAUGGAGCUGGAAAGUCCUGUGCUCAUCUCUCUGGGAAAAGGACGCUACUACAAGGAGAACUCGGGCCUGAUGCUGGACGUUGGUGCCUACAUGAAGGCGCUCGAGUACGCCUGUGGAAUCGAGGCCGAAGUGGUGGGGAAACCUUCUCCUGAGUAUUUCCAGUCGGCCCUGAAGGAGAUGGGGGUGGAAGCCCACGAGGCCAUCAUGAUCGGAGACGAUAUCGUGGGAGAUGUUGGUGGUGCCCAGCGGUGCGGAAUGAGGGCCCUGCAGGUGCGGACAGGAAAGUUCAGGCCCAGUGAUGAGCGGCAUCCGGACGUGAAGGCUGAUGGAUACGUGGACAACCUGGCAGAGGCCGUGGACCUGCUUCUGCAGCACGCGGACAAGUGACGAGCCUCAUAGGGCGGCCCCCGCCUGGCGCCACCCCUCCCCUGGGCCCCAGGGUGCAGGCCAGGCUUGCUUCCCCCAGCCUUCCGUGGAGCUGUUCCUCCAGGGAUGGCCUGCUGCCCCAGCCACCCCCCAACCCGGUGAAGUCAGACAGUGGGACAGACCCGUCUGGGUGUCUCCAGACAAGGAGAACCCUUGUCUCUGGGAACGCUCUCUAGCCGCACCCAGUCGUAUGAGUGUCCCAGCUGACUGGCCUGAGGGACCUUGACUCCCUGGCCCUCUGUCACACGUUCUGUGCAUUUGAUGGAGGGGCCUGGAGAAGGCGGAGGCUUCCUGCACCGUCCAUGCAGCCUGGGGCUGAAGCAGCCUCCCUGGGAUGGCCCAGCAUCCCCCGCCGGCCUCCUUGCCCCCAGCCUGAGUCCGAGUGGCCCCUUGGCACCCCUUCCCCCUCCUACCCCAAAAGGCACCUUGGAGCCCAAGGCUAGGGCAGCUCCCCGGGGACCCUGAAGACUGCCGUCCUACAAUCAAGAACUAACCUUGUGGGUCAAGGCUGUGGGCCCAGAGGGUGGUCCAGGGCCCUAACUCAGUAGACGUGAAUGUCUUGCCCAGCGUCUGCCGGGGCAGCUACUGGUUAAAUAAAUAAACUGUCCUGACCUGACUCGGUCUCUGACUCAGUUUGACACCCAGAGGGCCCGAGGAGGGGUGGGGGGUGCCCGGCCCUGGCCUGGUGCUGCCGCAAGCUUGAGCUCGAGCAGCCAGAGGCCCAGGGCCCCAGACACCCGCGCCACCCCGUCCCCUCCAGGAGGACGGAGGCCCAGAAGGGACAGCAGGCGGCCCCACGGGGGACAAGCAGAGCAGGGCGCAUGUUGGCCAGCUCUCACGGGCCGUCCUGCGGAGGGGGGUGGUAAGCCACAGGCUUCCAGAAUUCACUCAGAGCCGGGUUUCAGGUUUCAGAAUCCGUCAGCUGAACAGAUCACUUGAUGGCUGUUUCUCCUCAAAUCAAUCCAGAAGUCCCUGAUGAGUCUUGGGCAACGACUGCACGUGAAAGAGGUUGUGGGUCCGUAACGGGGUUUCCGCUCUGCGGAGCACGAGAUGAAAGGCUGGACCCCAAGCUCUGAGUCGCCCUGGCAAGGGAGCCUAAGGCCCGCGGGGGGCUGUGCUGUCCCCAGGCGGGCUGGCCACCAUUAAAUCAGGAUUAAGAGGAA